GAACAAAAGAAGUGCAUAUAAACAGCAGGUUUGAAUUAUGAGCUUUUGAGAAUGGCAAGUCAACUCAUACUGCCUGUGCUGCUUUUGGGGUUGAUAAGUACCGUGACUCCUCAGACAGGAGGCCUCUACCAAAUUACUGGAACAACAAGCUCACGAUCAGAUGAUGGAAGCUCUCCUCGAAUCCUCCUCCAACGACCUUUUGCGUAUUUCGGCCGGCAGUAUAAUCACAUUUAUGUAAAUCACAAUGGACACUUGACCUUUAACUCGCCAUAUAGUAGUUACACACCUCGAAGGUUUCCAUUGCAUGGAUCCAGAGACAUAAUCGCUCCUUUCUGGACAGAUUUAGACAACAGAAGAAAUGGUCAGAUCUACUACAACCAAUACACCAGCGGCAGUAUCCUCCAACAAGCUACACGGGACAUCAAUAGGUACUUCCCGGGGCUGAACUUCAAUGCCAACUGGGUCUUUGUUGCGACAUGGUAUGAGGUGGCCUACUAUCCAAACACUGGAACACGAACAACAGUCCAAGCAGUCUUGAUUUCUGGUGGCCCUUACUCAUUUGUGCUGAUGAACUACGGGAUAAUAGCUUCAACAAGUCGCAAUGUACAGGCUGGAUAUGACACAAUUCACUCCGCUCACCAUCUCUCUAUCCCUGGAUCAUUCUCCAGCAGUGCAACAGGCACUAACUCAAAUUUCCGCCGGAGCAGCAAUGUCAACGUGCCUGGUCGCUGGGCUUACCGGUUAGACCAAGGAUCAAGAGGCUGCACUUUCAAUGGUGAACCCUUGCAGUUGGGCGACUCAUUCUGGAGUGACAGUACCUGUGCACAGAAGUGCACCUGCACCUCAACAGGUGUGCAGUGUCACAGCGAACCCUGCACCUUUUCCCAAGUCUGCCGACCAGCUGCCUUUCAGUUCUCCUGCCAGACAGUGCAGAGAGGCACCUGCAGAAUAAGUGGUGAUCCACAUUACUACACCUUCGAUAACAGAGUGUUUCACUUUCAGGGCACCUGCACCUAUGUUCUCUCAGAACAAUGUGGUCAUGGGUUGCCCUACUAUAGAGUAGAGGGCAAAAACGAGCAUAGGGGCAGCACUCAUGUUUCCUGGACACGACUGGUCAAAGUGUUUGUCUAUAAUGAAACCAUCGAGAUUGUCAAGGGACAUCGUGGUCAGGCCAAGGUUAAUGGAAACUUUGCAGCCACUCCCAUCUCCCUUAGCAAUGGCAAGGUCCAAAUUUAUGAGUCAGGUUUCUCUGUGGUCGUCAGUACUGUCUUUGGCUUGGAGGUGUCUUAUGACGUCAACCACCUUGUCAAAAUCAAUGUGCCCUACACUUACCAGAAUGCAACAUGUGGCCUGUGUGGAAACUUCAACAAUCAUCCUGGGGAUGACUUUCGAACCCGCCAAGGUGAGCUUGUGAGCUCUGAUGUGGUUUUUGCCAACAGUUGGCGAGCACCAGGAGAUGAUGAGCACGGUUGUGGGGUCCGAUGCGCAGGUCUGCAAUGUGCUGCCUGCAGCGAGGCUCAGACAGCUUUAUACAGCAACGAUGCCCACUGCGGUAUCCUCCAGAGCACUUCCGGACCUUUUGCUGGUUGCAAUCAACGAUUUCCCCCACAGGCCUUUGUGGAGAGUUGUGUGUUUGAUCUGUGUGUGGGAGGAGGGUACCAACCCAUUCUGUGCCAAGCACUAAGUGCUUAUGCAAGUCAGUGCCAACAGAACAAUAUACAGCUGCCAAGUUGGAGGAGAGAAGGCUUCUGUGAAAUCCCCUGCCCUGCCAACAGUCACUUUGAGUCCCAAGGCACAGGAUGUCCAGCUACCUGCGUCAACCCCAAUUCUACCCACAACUGUCCUCUCCCUGCCCAGGAGAGCUGCAUCUGCAAUUCAGGCUACAUUCUCAGUGGUGGGGUCUGUGUCCCUCAGUCUGAGUGUGGCUGCAACUUUGAGGGUCGCUACUACCGCUCUGGAGAAACUGUAAUACUAGACGAGGACUGUGGGAGGCGUUGUAGCUGCAGUUUUGGCUCCAUGACCUGCCGUUCCCAUGGUUGUGGCCCACUUGAGUCUUGCAGGGUGGAGGAGGGAGAAAGAGGAUGCAGUCCUAACAACUAUGGAACAUGCUGGAUAAGAGGCCCAGGGUCAUAUCAAACAUUUGAUGGACUGACAUACCAGUAUCCUGGAGCAUGUCGAUUGACCCUGGCCAAAGUAAUGGGACUGUCUAGUCACCCACAUUUUGUGGUGACAGCAGAAAAAGUGCCCAGAGGCCAACAGGGAUUUUCCAGGGUACUAAAGUUUGAGGCAGAGGGAACACAAAUCUCCAUUGAAAUGACAGAUAGCAACAAUGUUCAGGUUGACGGUCAGCAAAUCAGACUUCCAUUCAGCUCAGCGUCUAACCGAAUCCAAAUCUACCACAGCAGCGUUCACAGUAUCAUCCUUCGCACCUCCUUUGGUGUAACAGUGCAGACAGUCUGGCCUCACUUUGUGCGUAUCACUGCACCUGUUACCUACAGUGGUUCACUGGGUGGACUCUGUGGCAAUUACAAUGGUCACCCACAUGACGACUUCCGCACACCCAAUGGCAUUCUGGUCAACAGCUCUCAGGACUUUGGGGACAGUUGGCGAGAUGGCUCCCUCACUGCACACUGUGUGGAAAAUGUAAAUCAUAACCCUAGAACAAACUCUAGUGAGUACUGUGGCAUUAUUGGCUCACCGCACGGGCCAUUUGCCCAGUGUUGGGCCACAGUGGACCCACGUCAGCAUGUGGAUGCAUGUGUGGAGAUCACUGGAGCCUCAAGAGAUCCAGAAUCAACACUAUGUGAGGUCCUACGAGAUUAUGCACUAAUUUGUCAACAGAGCGGUGUAGCCCUUGGACACUGGAGGAAUUCAACUGGUUGUGAGCAAAACUGCCCUCCAAACAGCCAUUAUGAAGUCUGUGGAGCGUCUUGUCCCUCCACCUGCCCCAGCCUCUCUUUCCCUUUUGCCUGUAACACUGUGUGCCAGGAGGGUUGCCAGUGUAAUGACGGUUUUGUCCUCAAUGGCAACCAGUGCGUACUACCAACAGCAUGCGGAUGCUAUCACCAGGGACGCUAUCGGCAAGGUGGAGAACAGUUCUGGGAUGGUGAGGAGUGUCAGAGCUUGUGUACCUGUGAUGGCACUACUGGGGUAGUCCACUGUGUCCCCAACUCCUGUGGUCCCCAGGACUCCUGCCGUGUGGUGGACGGUGAGUUUGGCUGUCAUCCCAACCCUCAUGGCACCUGCUCUGCCUCUGGAGACCCUCACUACCUCACCUUUGACGGCAAGGCCUAUGACUUCCAAGGAACCUGUCGCUAUACUCUGGCGACCCUUUGUAAUGCCACUGAUGGACCCCACCAAUUUUCAGUGGAAGCAAAGAAUGAGCCGUGGAGAGGGCUGCCAGUUUCAAUCACAGCUGAAGUUUCUGUAAAUGUGUGGGGCUAUCAAGUGCAUAUGUCCAGGGAAAGCCAUGGUGUGGUACAGGUGAAUGGAGUAACCAGUAACUUACCUAUUCUCUUGAAUGGAAAUGUUUCCAUCUAUUCAAGUGGAUCUCGCACAUUUGUCAGUGCUGAUUUUGGCCUGACUGUAACAUACGAUGGAUCAAGUACAGUAUCUAUCACUGUACCUCCCAGUUACAGAGGAAAAACAUGUGGCCUUUGUGGAAACUUCAAUGGAAAUCCAAAUGAUGAGUUCCACACCCCAUCUGGAACAACGGUCACCACUCCAGAUGAGUUUGGGACAGCUUGGAAAGUGGAAGGCAACUACACCUGCAGUGAUGGGUGUGGGUCGUCUUGCCCACGAUGCACCAAUGACCUCCCUGCUAGAGCCCAAUGUGACGUGAUUCAGGCAGCUGACGGCCCCUUCAGCUUCUGCCAUGAGCACGUGGACCCAACACCAUACUUCAAUGACUGUGUGUUUGAUGUAUGUGUGUCAGGAAAUCGAGGCCAAGAUCUCCUGUGCAGGGCCAUUGAAGCAUACGUCAGUGCCUGUCAGUCUGCUAAUGUUCGAAUCUACCCUUGGAGACAGAACACCACCUGCACACUUGACUGUCCAGCAAACAGCCAUUAUGAGCUGUGUGGUACCGACUGUACCCACACCUGUGCCAGCAGCAUUGAUGCCACCUGUGAGCAGGGUUGCUCUGAGGGAUGUUUCUGCAAUGAAGGUUUUCUCAGGAGUGGAACAAGUUGCGUCCCUACAGAAAGCUGUGGAUGUCAAUAUGACGGCUUCUACUACAAUGCUGGUGAAUCCUUCUGGACAGAAGGUUGCUCCCAGCGAUGUGAGUGCUAUGCUCCCAAUGACCUGCGCUGUUCUGUUGAGUCUUGCACUCCUACACAAGAGUGCACCAUCCAAAAUGGCCAGCUGGGCUGUUACGAUGCAAUGUCUACUUGCACUGUGUGGGGAGACCCACACUACAUCACCUUUGACGGGGCGCUGGCUCAUUUCCAAGGCACAUGCUCUUACAUCAUUACCGAGAGUGUGAGCCACGGCACCAAUGAAACACAGUUUCGUGUAAUAGCAACCAAUAACCACCGUGGAAACAACCGUGUGUCUUUUGUGUCAGCAGUGGAUAUAUACCUCACAAAUCAUCUAGCAAGUGUGCAUGUCAGGAUUGGACCCAACAAAAGAGUGAAGGUAAAUGGAAGUGAGGUGUCUCUUCCCAUCACAGUAGGAACCUUUGCUCAAGCAGAAAGGCAGGGAAGCUACAUAGUUGUCAAUGCCAUUGACUUUAUAGUCCAGUUUGACGGCCGGAGUACUCUACUGGUCAGAGUGGGCCAACACUGUCAAAACAGAGUCAGAGGGAUGUGUGGAAACUUCAACAAUGAUCCUGCAGAUGACAAAGUCUUGCCCAAUGGUACACUGGCACAAAAUGACAACCACUUUGGACACAGCUGGAAGUCACCAACAAGCCAAAGAGGAUGUGGCUCCACGGAUGAAGACGGUGGUGAUGGAUUGAAUGACUGUCUCUUUAGGGAAGAAUACUCUGAGCUCUGUAGUGUCAUCACCAACAGCAGCGGCCCAUUCAGUGCCUGUCACCUGCACUCUGACCCCCAGCCAUUUUUCACCUCCUGUGUCUAUGAUCUCUGCCAGUACACUCCAGCCAAUGACAUGCUGUGUUCUGCAGUCUCAGCCUAUGAGAGAACCUGUGCUGUGUUGGGGUUGAACAUCCCAGAGUGGCGCUCUGCCUUGUUGUGUGCUGAAUCAGACCCCUGUGAACGGCUGGACUGCACGGAGUAUGAGUGGUGUGGUCAGAAGGACGGUGUGUAUGGCUGCUUCUGUGAUGAGCACCACCAUCGGCCCAACAAUGAAAGCUACGACUCAUCCAUCACUUGUGUCAGUAGUUCAGGAACCAUGUCUGUGUCGCGCUGCCAGCUGUUUGAAGCUGGCUUCCACUUCGAGGCCCUCCAUCUCCGAGAUGACUCCUGCAAUGGGACUCUCCAAGACGGACGACUGGUGUUCAACUUCAACAAUGAUGACCACCUGUGUGGGACACUUCUCAGGAGCAACGGAACCCAUUUCAUCUAUGAGAACACCAUCCAGGGCGACGUGGACCCUCAUGACAGCCUAAUCAGUCGCCAGAGGAGCAUUGAUCUGCCUUUCAGCUGUGAAUACCCUCUGACCCAGGCCCUCUCUAUGGCUGUGGGCAUCAACCCAGUAGAGAGCAUUGUGAGGAAGAAGCUUCCAUCUGGCCAUGGACAGUAUCAUAUGAGAAUGAUCCCCUAUGAGGAUCCUGGAUUCCGCUUCCCCCUGACCAGUAAUGGAAACAUAGAAAUGGAAAAUGACCAGAGAUUAUACGUCGAGGUGCGGACAGAGGGAGUCGAUGGAAGGCAGAUCUCCACCGUUCUGGACUCUUGUUGGGCCACGCCAGUCAACCUUGCCAGCUACCCUGUCCGCUGGGAUCUCAUCAGUACAGAGUGUCCUAAUCCAGCAGAUGGCACAGUAGAGCUGAUUCGUAACGGCGUCUCCACUGUGUCUCGAUUCUCCUUCAGGAUGUUCACCUUUACCAACUUUUCAUCCGUCUACCUGCAUUGCCAGGUCCACUUGUGUCUUCUGAGACACAACAACUGCACAGCUCACUGCUACCCAAAUUACCACAGGCAAUUUAAGAGGGACGUAUCCUACCAUGCCACUACAGACAUCUCACUAGGACCGCUAACCCUGGUGCACCACAGGGGAGUGAGAGAGGUGAAAUCGAGCAGUGCUUCGGGCCAGCUGACCUCACUGGUGACUCUGCUAAUCUGCUUGCUGACUGCCAAAACUCUGGAUUUGAGAAUGGCAAGUCAAAUCAUACUGCCUGUGCUGCUUUGGGGGUUGUUCAUUCCACAGGUGACUCCACGAGUGACAUCGGGGCCCUUCUACACAAUUACUGGAACAACAAGCUCUGGAUCAGAUGAUGGAAGUUCUCCUCGAAUCCCCCUGCAACGCCCUUUUGUGUACUUCGGCCAGUCCUAUAAUCAGAUUUAUGUAAAUCACAAUGGACACAUGACCUUUAAUGCAGCAUAUCGUAGUUACACACCUCGAAGGUUUCCAUUGCAUGGAUCCAGAGACAUUAUUGCUCCAUUUUGGACAGAUUUAGACAACAGAGGAAAUGGUCAGAUCUACUACAACCAAUACACCAGCGGCAGUAUCCUCCAGCAAGCUACACGGGACAUCAAUGGGUACUUCCCUGGGCUGAACUUCAAUGCCAGCUGGGUCUUUGUUGCGACAUGGUAUGAAGUGGCCUACUAUCCAACCACUGGAACACGAACAACGGUCCAAGCAGUCUUGAUCUCUGGUGGCCAGUACUCAUUUGUGCUGAUGAACUAUGGGAUAAUAGCCUCAACAGGUCGCAAUGUACAGGCUGGAUACGACACAAUUAACUCUAGCAACCAUUUCAUCAUCCCUGGAUCAUUCUCUAACAAUGCAACAGGCACUGACUCAAAUUUUCGCCUGAGCAGCAAUGUCAAUGUACGUGGUCGCUGGGCUUUCCGGAUAGACCAUGGAUCACGAGGCUGCAUGUUCAAUGGUCAAUCUGUGCAGCGUGGUGACUCAUUCUGGAGCGACAGUACCUGUGCACAGAAGUGCACCUGCACCUCAACAGGCCUGCAGUGUCACAGCCAACCCUGCACCUAUUCCCAUAUCUGCCGACCAGCUGCCUUUCAGUUCUCCUGCCAGACGGUGCAGAGAGGCACCUGCAGAAUAAGUGGUGACCCACAUUACUAUACCUUCGAUAAAAGACUGUUUCACUUCCAGGGCACCUGCACCUAUGUUCUCUCUGAGCAAUGUGGUCCUAGGUUGCCCUACUAUAGAGUAGAAAGCAAGAACGAGCACCGAGGCAGCACUCAUGUUUCCUGGACACGACUGGUCAAAGUGUUUGUCUAUAAUGAAACCAUUGAGCUUGUCAAGGGACAUCGUGGCGAGGCUAAGGUUAAUGGGGUCUUUGCAGCCACUCCCAUCUUCCUGAGGAAUGGCAAGGUCCAAAUUUAUGAGUCAGGUUUUUCUGUGAUCGUCAGUACUGACUUUGGCUUGGAGGUGUCUUAUGACACAAAUCAUUACGUCAGGGUCCGUGUGCCCUACACUUACCAGAAUGCAACAUGUGGCCUGUGUGGAAACUUCAACAAUCAUCCUGAGGAUGACUUUCGAACCCGUGAAGGCGAGCUUGUGAGUUCUGAUGUGGAUUUUGCCAACAGUUGGCAAGUAUCAGGAGAUGAUGAGCCCGGUUGUGAGCCGCAGUGUAGAGGUCUGGACUGUGCUGCCUGCAGCGAGGCUCAGACAGCUUUAUACAGCAACAAUGCCCACUGCGGUAUCCUCCAGAGCACUUCUGGACCUUUUGCUGGUUGCCAUCAACGACUUCCCCCACAAGCCUUUGUGGAGAGUUGUGUGUUUGAUCUGUGUGUAGGAGGAGGGUACCAACCCAUUCUGUGCCAAGCACUAAAUGUGUAUGCAAGUCAGUGUCAACAGAACGGUAUACAGCUGCCAAGUUGGAGGAGAGAAGGCUUCUGUGAAAUCCCCUGCCCUGCCAACAGUCACUUUGAGUCCCAAGGCACAGGAUGUCCAGCUACCUGCGUCAAUCCCAAUUCUACCCACAACUGUCCUCUCCCUGCCCAGGAGAGCUGCAUCUGCAAUUCAAGCUACAUCCUCAGUGCUGGAGUCUGUGUCCCUCAGUCUGAGUGUGGCUGCAACUUUGAGGGUAGAUACUACCGCUCUGGAGAAACUGUAAUACUAGACGAGGACUGUGGGAGGCGUUGUAGCUGCAGAUCUGGCUCCAUGACCUGCCGUUCCCAUGCUUGUGGCCCACUUGAGUCUUGCAGGGUGGAGGAGGGGGAAAGAGGAUGCAGACCUAACAACUAUGGAACAUGCUGGAUAAGAGGCCCAAGGUCAUAUCAAACAUUUGAUGGACUCAUAUACCAUUAUGCUGGAGCAUGUCGAUUGACCCUGGCCAAAGUAAUGGGACUGUCUAGUCACCCACAUUUUGUGGUGACAGCAGAAAAACUGCCCAGAGGCCAACAGGGUUUUACCAGGGUACUAAAGUUUGAGGCAGAGGGAACACAAAUCUCCAUUGAAAUGACAGAUAACAGCAAAGUUCAGGUUGAUGGUCAGCAGAUCAGACUUCCAUUCAGCUCAGCAUCUAACCGAAUCCAAAUCUACCACAGCAGUGUUCACAGUAUCAUCCUUCGCACCUCCUUUGGUGUAACAGUGCAGAUAGUCUGGCCUCACUUUGUGCGUAUCACUGCACCGAUUACCUACAAUGGUUCACUGGGUGGACUCUGUGGCAAUUACAAUGGUCACCCACAUGAUGACUUCCGCACACCCAAUGGCAUUUUGAUCCACAGCUCUCAGGACUUUGGGGACAGUUGGCGAGAUGGCCCCCUCGCUGCACACUGUGUGGAAAAUGUAAAUCAUAACCCGAGAGCAAACUCUAGUGAGUACUGUGGCAUUAUUGGCUCACCGCACGGGCCAUUUGCCCAGUGUUGGGCUACGGUGGAACCACGGCAGCAUGUGGAUGCAUGUGUGGAGAUUAUUAGGACCUCUAGAGAUCCAGCAUCAACACUAUGUGAGGUCCUACGAGAUUAUGCACUAAUCUGUCAACAGAGCGGUGUAGCCCUUGGACACUGGAGGAAUGCAACUGGUUGUGAGCAAAACUGCCCUCCAAACAGCCAUUAUGAAGUCUGUGGAACGUCUUGUCCCUCCACCUGCCCCAGUCUCUCUUUCCCUUUUGCUUGUAACACUGUGUGCCAGGAGGGUUGCCAGUGUGAUGCUGGAUUUGUCCUCAAUGGAAACCAGUGCGUACUGCCAACAGCGUGCGGAUGCUAUCACCAGGGACGCUAUCGGCGAGGGGGUGAACAGUUCUCGGAUGGUGAGGAGUGUCAGAGCUUGUGUACCUGCGAUGGCACUACUGGGGCAGUCCACUGUAUCCCCAACUCCUGUGGUCCCCAGGAGUCCUGCCGUGUGGUGGACGGUGAGCUUGGCUGCCAUCCCAACCCUCAUGGCACCUGCUCUGCCUCUGGAGACCCUCACUACCUCACCUUUGAUGGAAAGGCCUACGACUUCCAGGGAACCUGUCGCUAUACUCUGGCAACCCUUUGUAAUGCCACUGAUGGACUCCACCAAUUUUCAGUGGAAGCUAAGAAUGACCCUAGGAGAGGGCGGCGAGUUUCAAUCACGGCUGAAGUGUUUGUAAAUGUGUGGGGCUAUGAAGUGCAUAUGUCAAGGAACAGUCGCGGUGUGGUACAGGUGAAUGGAGUGACUAAAAACUUACCUAUUCACUUGAAUGGAAGUCGUGUCUCUAUUUAUGAAAGAGGGUCUCGCACAUUUGUCCGUGCUGAUUUUGGCCUGACUGUUACAUACGAUGGAUGGAGCAGAGUGUCCAUCUCUGUACCUCCCAGUUACAGAGGAAAAACAUGUGGCCUCUGUGGAAACUUCAAUGGAAAUCCAAAUGAUGAGUUCCACACCCCAUCUGGAACGACAGUCACCACUCCAGAUGAGUUUGGGACAGCUUGGAAAGUUGAAGGCGACUACACCUGCAGUGAUGGGUGUGGGUCCUCUUGCCCACAAUGCACCAAUGACCUCCCUGCUAGAGCCCAAUGUGACGUGAUUCAGGCAGCUGAUGGCCCCCUCAGCUUCUGCCAUGAGCACGUGGAGCCAGCGCCAUAUUUCAGCGACUGUGUGUUUGAUGUGUGUGUGACAGAAAACCAAGACCAAGAUCUGUGUAGGGCCAUUGAAGCAUACACCAGUGCCUGUCAGUCUGCUAAUGUUCGAAUCUACCCUUGGAGACAGAACACCACCUGCAGACUUGACUGUCCAGCCAACAGUCAUUAUGAGCUGUGUGGUACCGACUGUGGUCACACUUGUGCCAGCUCCAAUGAUGCCACCUGUGAGCAGGGUUGCUCAGAGGGAUGUUUCUGUGAUGAAGGUUUUCUCAGGAGUGGAACAACAUGUGUCCCUGAGGGAAGCUGUGGAUGUCAAUAUGAGGGCUUCUACUACAAUGCUGGUGAGUCCUUCUGGACUGAGGGUUGCUCCCAACAUUGUGAGUGCCAUGCUCCCAAUGACCUGCGCUGUUCUGCUGCAUCUUGCACUUCUUCACAAGAGUGCGCCAUCAGAAACGGCCAGCUGGGUUGUUUUGAUGAUAUGACCACCUGCACCGUGUGGGGAGACCCACACUACAUCACCUUUGAUCACAAGACCUACGACUUCCAAGGAACCUGCCGUUAUGUUUUGGCCACACUUUGUAACGACACUGCUGGGCUCCAUGGAUUCUCAGUGGAGGCUAAGAAUGAGCCCUGGAAAGGGCUGACAGUUUCAGUCACAGCUGAAGUUUUUGUCAAUGUGUGGGGCUAUCAAGUGCACAUGUCGAGGGGAAGCCACGGUGUGGUGCAAGUGAAUGGAGAAACUAAAAACCUGCCUGUUCUCUUGAAUGGAACUCGUAUUUCUAUCUAUGCAAGAGGAUCUCACACUUAUCUCAGUGCUGAUUUUGGCCUGACUGUGAAGUACGAUGGAUCCUUUAAAGUCUCCAUCUCUGUACCUUCAACUUACAGAGGGAAAACAUGUGGCCUCUGUGGAAACUUCAAUGGAAAUCCAAAUGAUGAGUUCCACACCCCAUCUGGAACGACGGUCACCACUCCUGAUGAGUUUGGGAAAGCUUGGAAAGUGGAAGGGGACUACACCUGCAGUGAUGGGUGUGGCUCCUCCUGUCCACGAUGCACCAAUGAGCUACCUGCUAGAGCCCAGUGUGAGGUGAUUCAGGCAGCUGACGGCCCCUUCAGCAUCUGCCAUAAGUAUGUGGACCCAGCGCCAUAUUUCAAGAGCUGUGUGUUUGAUGUGUGGGCUGGACCUGAUGCCCUGUGUGCGGACAUUGAAACAUACGUCAGUGACUGUCAGUCUGCAAAUGUUCAAAUCAGCCCUUGGAGACAGAACACCACCUGCAGUAAUCAUUAUGAGCUGUGUGGUACCGACUGUGGUCACACCUGUGCCAGCUCCAAUGAUGCCACCUGUGAGCAGGGUUGCUCAGAGGGAUGUUUCUGUGAUGAAGGUUUUCUCAGGAGUGGAACAACAUGUGUCCCUGAGGAAAGCUGUGGAUGUCAAUAUGAGGGCUUCUACUACAAUGCUGGUGAAUCCUUCUGGACAGAAGGUUGCUCCCGACAUUGUGAGUGCCAUGCUCCCAAUGACCUGCGCUGUUCUGCUGCGUCUUGCACUUCUUCACAAGAGUGCACCAUCAGAAAUGGCCAGCUGGGCUGUUUUGAUGAUAUGACCACCUGCACCGUGUGGGGAGACCCGCACUACAUCACCUUUGAUCACAAGACCUUCGACUUCCAAGGAACCUGCCGUUAUGUUUUGGCCACACUUUGUAACGACACUGCUGGGCUCCAUGGAUUCUCAGUGGAGGCUAAGAACGAGCCCUGGAAAGGGCUGACAGUUUCAGUCACAGCUGAAGUUUUUGUCAAUGUGUGGGGCUAUCAAGUGCACAUGUGGAGGGGAAGCCACGGUGUGGUGCAAGUGAAUGGAGAGACUAAAAACCUGCCUGUUCUCUUGAAUGGAACUCGUAUUUCUAUCUAUGCAAGAGGAUCUCACACUUAUCUCAGUGCUGAUUUUGGCCUGACUGUGAAGUACGAUGGAUCCUUUAAAGUCUCCAUCUCUGUACCUUCAACUUACAGAGGAAAAACAUGUGGCCUCUGUGGAAACUUCAAUGGAAAUCCAAAUGAUGAGUUCCACACCCCAUCUGGAACGACGGUCACCACUCCAGAUGAAUUUGGGAAAGCUUGGAAAGUGGAAGGGGACUACUCCUGCAGUGAUGGGUGUGGCUCCUCCUGUCCACGAUGCACCAAUGAGCUACCUGCUAGAGCCCAGUGUGAGGUGAUUGAGGCAGCUGACGGCCCCUUCAGCAUCUGCCAUAAUCAUUAUGAGCUGUGUGGUACCGACUGUGGUCACACCUGUGCCAGCUCCAAUGAUGCCACCUGUGAGCAGGGUUGCUCAGAGGGAUGUUUCUGUGAUGAAGGUUUUCUCAGGAGUGGAACAACAUGUGUCCCUGAGGAAAGCUGUGGCUGUCAAUAUGAGGGCUUCUACUACAAUGCUGGUGAGUCCUUCUGGACAGAAGGUUGCUCCCGACAUUGUGAGUGCCAUGCUCCCAAUGACCUGCGCUGUUCUGCUGCAUCUUGCACUUCUUCACAAAAGUGCACCAUCAGAAACGGCCAGCUGGGCUGUUUUGAUGAUAUGACCACCUGCACCGUGUGGGGAGACCCGCACUACAUCACCUUUGAUCACAAGACCUUCGACUUCCAAGGAACCUGCCGUUAUGUUUUGGCCACACUUUGUAACAACACUGCUGGGCUCCAUGGAUUCUCAGUGGAGGCUAAGAACGAGCCCUGGAAAGGGCUGACAGUUUCAGUCACAGCUGAAGUUUUUGUCAAUGUGUGGGGCUAUCAAGUGCACAUGUCGAGGGGAAGCCACGGUGUGGUGCAAGUGAAUGGAGAAACUAAAAACCUGCCUGUUCUCUUGAAUGGAACUCGUAUUUCUAUCUAUGCAAGAGGAUCUCACACUUAUCUCAGUGCUGAUUUUGGCCUGACUGUGAAGUCGAUGGAUCCUUUAAAGUCUCCAUCUCUAGGAAAAACAUGUGGCCUCUGCGGAAACUUCAAUGGAAAUCCAAAUGAUGAGUUCCACACCCCAUCUGGAACGACGGUCACCACUCCAGAUGAAUUUGGGAAAGCUUGGAAAGUGGAAGGGGACUACACCUGCAGUGAUGGGUGUGGCUCCUCCUGUCCACAAUGCACCAAUGAGCUACCUGCUAGAGCCCAGUGUGAGGUGAUUCAGGCAGCUGACGGCCCCUUCAGCAUCUGCCAUAAGUAUGUGGACCCAGCGCCAUAUUUCAAGAGCUGUGUGUUUGAUGUGUGUGUGGCUGGACCUGAUGCCCUGUGUGCGGACAUUGAAACAUACGUCAGUGACUGUCAGUCUGCAAAUGUUCAAAUCAGCCCUUGGAGACAGAACACCACCUGCAUCAUUAUGAGCUGUGUGGUACCGACUGUGGUCACACCUGUGCCAGCUCCAAUGAUGCCACCUGUGAGCAGGGUUGCUCUGAGGGAUGUUUCUGUGAUGAAGGUUUUCUCAGGAGUGGAACAACAUGUGUCCCUGAGGAAAGCUGUGGCUGUCAAUAUGAGGGCUUCUACUACAAUGCUGGUGAGUCCUUCUGGACAGAAGGUUGCUCCCAACGAUGUAAAUGCCAUGCUCCCAAUGACCUGCGCUGUUCUGCUGCAUCUUGCACUUCUUCACAAAGUGCACCAUCAGAAACGGCCAGCUGGGCUGUUUUGA